AUGGGGCUCUCCAAGACAUUCUCUGCUUCUGAUGUGUCGGUCCAUUCCACAUUUGCAUCUCGCUAUGUCCGAGACAAGCCUGCUAAGUACAAGAUGCCAGAGAACUCGACACCAAAGGAGGUGGCGUUCCAGGUUAUCAAUGACGAGCUGAUGCUUGAUGGGAAGCCAAGGCUGAACUUGGCGUCGUUUGUGACGACAUGGAUGGAGCCAGAGUGUGACAAGCUCAUCAUGGACUCCAUGAACAAGAACUACGUCGACAUGGAUGAGUAUCCUGUCACAACUGAGCUUCAGAAUCGGUGCGUGAACAUGAUAGCAGAUCUUUUUAAUGCUCCACAUAAGGAGACUGAUGAGGAUGCCACCGGAACUGGAACAGUCGGGUCAUCUGAGGCCAUCAUGUUGGCAGGUCUCGCAUUCAAGAGGAAGUGGCAAAAUAAGAUGAAGGCUAAAGGAAAAUCCUAUGACAAGCCUAAUAUCGUUACUGGUGCAAAUGUGCAGGUAUGCUGGGAGAAAUUUGCUAGGUACUUUGAAGUAGAACUGAAGGAAGUGAAGGUGAGGGAAGACUAUUAUGUAAUGGACCCUGCGAAAGCUGUGGAGAUGGUAGAUGAAAACACCAUCUGCGUUGCUGCUAUAUUGGGUUCAACUUACAAUGGAGAGUUCGAAGAUGUCAAGCUCUUGAAUGAUCUUUUGCUUGAGAAGAAUAAGCAAACUGGAUGGGAUACACCAAUUCAUGUUGAUGCAGCUAGUGGUGGAUUCAUAGCGCCGUUUUUGUAUCCCGAGCUAGAAUGGGAUUUUCGUCUUCCAUUGGUGAAGAGCAUCAAUGUGAGUGGUCAUAAGUAUGGCCUUGUGUAUGCUGGAGUUGGGUGGAUCAUUUGGAGGUCCAAAGAAGACUUGCCUAAAGAUCUAAUCUUUCACAUCAAUUAUCUUGGAGCUGAACAACCCACCUUCACUCUCAAUUUCUCUAAAGGUUCGAGUCAAAUCAUCGCUCAAUACUAUCAAUUUAUCAGACAUGGUUAUGAGGGAUACCGCAACAUCAUGGAGAACUGUCACAACAAUGCCAUGGUGUUGAAGGCGGGUUUGGAAAAAACGGAGCGCUUCAAAAUCUUGUCGAAGGACAUUGGGGUUCCGGUGGUGGCGUUUUCUUUGAAAGACACGAGCCGAUACGAUGAGUACAUGGUGUCUGAGCAUUUGAGGCGUUUUGGCUGGAUCGUGCCGGCCUACUCCAUGCCGGAGGAUGCUAAGCACGUCGCCUUACUCCGUGCUGUAAUAAGGGAAGACUUCUCUCGCACUCUAGCUGAGCGUCUUGUGCUUGACAUCACUCAUGUCCUGAAUGAGCUCGACAAGCUGCCGCUGCCAACUAUCAGUCCAAAUGGUGGUGACCAAGUGUGUAAUGGCGGCAAUUGCAACGGAAGCAUGAACACUCCGGUGUUGAAAAGGAAACUAUCAGAUAGUGAUCAUGAAGAGGAUUGCAUCCCUAAACUGGCGAAGUGUGCUUAA